AUGGCAGUCACAGAAUCAACUCGGGCCCAAGUAGUCGGGGCAUUAGCUUGUCAAAAGAACUCAUAUCUUCGCACUCUAGAGGCAGAGGUCAUCUCGUGUGAAAAGAGACCCCCACCCCCACCAACAAAGAAGACCAGCAAGGACAAAUCCGCAGGACCAGUCUCCAACAGCAGCACCGAUGAGGUGUGGUUGAUCGAAUUCGCCGACUCCGUCCUCUUUCCCGAAGGCGGCGGACAACCGUCUGAUCACGGAUCAAUCACUCCCCUCUCAAGCACGGAUGCUACCGCCAUCCCGAUUCAAUUUGUCGAACGCGUUGGGCUACGAUGCGUCUAUCACUCUCCCAAACCCCUAGAUCCCGGUGAGAAGGUACGACAAGAAGUCGAUUUCCAGCGCCGAUGGGACCACAUGCAGCAGCAUACGGGCCAACAUCUCUUAUCCGCCGUCAUGAACACCCAUGACAACCUCAACACUCUCGGCUGGGGCAUGGGAAAGACUGGGGCGAUGAACUACGUCGAUAUUCCGCGGAAACCUUCAGAUGCGGAACUACAAGCCAUUCAGACGAGGUGUAACGAAAUCAUCCGCGCCAGUUUCCCAAUUACAGUCGAAACCCCGGAGGAUGCCAAGGUCCAUAAGAUGCCCGAGGAUUAUGAUCAGAGUAAAGGAGUCGUUCGUGUGAUCCGGAUCGGCGACAUCGAUCGCAAUACAUGCUGUGGCACUCACCUCUCCCAAACAUCCCACAUCUCACUCAUCCUCGUCCAUCACGGCGAACCAGUCCACAGGAAGAACUACCGCCUCUACUUUUCCGUCGGCGAUCGAGCCAUCAACCUGGCGACAGCCUCCCUCGGUGCAAUGAGCUCUCUCUCAAAGCUGCUGUCGUCCAAAAACACGUCCGAAGAAAUAGUCCAGACCGUGAAGACCGUGCAGAGCUCCGCGGCGGAUCUCAAGAAGAGGGAAAAGAAGCUUCUCGCGGACAUUGCCGAGUUUGAGGCAGACGCUGCAAAGAUCAAGUUGCAAUCCACGAAGAGUGUGUGGGUUCAUCGCGCGGAUGGCAACGCGGACUUUGUGAAGUGGGUUACCGUCAACGUCAAGGACGCUGUGAUGACUUGUGGUGGAGUUGUUGCUUUGGCUACUGGCGAUGACGGGAACAGCGGACAAAUUUCUGUUCUCGGUGAGAAGGCUGCUGUCGAGGCACUCGUUCCAAAGAUCAAAGACGUUGUGACGGGGGUGAAGGGCGGCGGUGGUGGGGAGAAGUGGCAGGGAAAGGUCACGGCAUGGGAAAAGGGCAACUUGAAAGCUCUGAAGGAGUUGGUAGAGAGUUUCGAAAUAUGA